AUGGACUUGUUGCAAUUCUUCUGCAAUGAAGACCAAGAAGUACGUUUUUUUAUUUUAUCGCAAUAGUUUUGAAAAAAAAUAUUUUUUUUUUAAAUUUAGGUAUUUCAAUCAUCUUCUGCGAAUUCAACAAGUCUGCCAUUGUUAAACGAAUGUGUUCUUCAUGGUUCUUUGAUCUUCUUGCCCUGUUGGUUCUUUCUCUUCUUCUUGCCAUUGAUUUGUUUUGACAUUACCAAAGAUGACAAAAAACAGAAACUGCGAUUGGACACGCCAAUCAAUUAUCGACUGGUAUGUUGGGAUUGAUUUUAAAUUUUUAGAAUUAAUAUUUUAGGCUUAUGUUUGUAUUUUUAUUCUUAAAAUAGAAGUUUUAGGCUAGAAUUAAAAAUUAGGGUUAGGCUUGAAGGCUUAGGCUUGAGUUUAAAACUUUAGGGUUAAGUAUACAUUUUAUAGGCUUAAUUUUGAAUGUUUAAGACCUAAGGUUGAACUUUUAGAUAUAGGUUUGAAUAUUUAGGCUUAAAUAUGUAUGUUUGUGCUUAAGUUUUAAAGUUUAGGCUUAAGUGUAAAGUUUUAGGCUUACGCUUGAAUGUUUAGGCUUAAAUAUUAAUGUUUAGGCUUAAGUAUGAAAGGUUAGGUUUUCGUGUUCAAGACUAGGCUUAAUUAUGAAUCUUUAGGCUCGUCUAUGAAUGUGUAUGCUUAAGUUUGAAUUUUUAGGCUUACGGUCGAACAUUUAGGCUUGAGUUUGAAAUUAUAGGCGUACGUUAUGAAAGGUUAGGCUUGAGACUGAUAAGUUAGUCUUAAAGGCAAAAUUUAAGUUUAACGUGAGCUUUAGGGUUAGUUUAAGUUCUACGGUUAAGUUAAUAACUCUAGGCUUAGCUUUAAAAUUUUGGGCUUAAGUUUAAAAAGUUAGGCUUAAGUUAACAAGUUUAUGCUUUACUUAUUAAAGAUCAGGCUUAAGAUUGAUAACUUAGGCUUAAUUUUGAACGUUUAGGCUUAAUCUUGAAACCAUAGGCUUAAGUUUUGAUGUUUUUAGGUAGCUUUAUAAUUUUAGGCUUAGUUAUACAAUUUAGGCUUAAUUUCGUAUUUUUAGUUCUUGUCUGUCAUCCUUGAUCUCAUAAUAUGGGUAAUGUUGUUGAACGCAUUUCACGAGACCUACAUUCGACCACUGCCAUUAUCGACCGACGACUGGAAAGAAAUCGCACCCUAUGCCGCUUUGGCUAUCGUAUUUACCAUAUCCAUAUAUGUCAGCUACAGAGUAAAACAGAAGGGGAUUCUGACGUCUGGAGUUCUAUUUAUUUUCUACUUUCUGCUUACAGUAUGCGCAUUGCCGGAGUUACUGUAUAUUCUUCAGGAAAUUGGUGAAGGGAAUAAGGUAAGGUUAUUGUAACAUAUUUUUGAUGGAGUAUUGUAUUAAUAAUAAUAGGUCAGGUUGUGGUACACUGUAUGGCAUUACUGUAGUACCUUAGGAGUAUCGCUGUGAUAUUAUAGGGUAUUACUGUAUUACUAUAAGGCAUCAUUUAGUCUUGUACAGUAUUAAGGUGGUACUGUAGGGUCUACAUGUGGUACUGUAGGGUACUAUAGUGGUAUUAUAGGGUACUAUGACAGUACACUACAGUGCUAUUGUUGUACUGUAGGGUAUUCAUUUUUUACUGUAGGGUAAUAAUAUGGUACUGUCGGGUAUCAAUGUGGUACUGUAAUGGGAUCCACUGUGGGUAUGUAUGGUACUACUGCGAUACAGUACGGUAUUAUCAUGGUACUGUACGAUGCUGCUAGGAUAUUCUAGGGUAUUACAAUGGUACUGUAGGGUAUAACUGUAGGGCUUUAGGGGUAUCACUGAGGUACUGUAGAACUGUAAAACUUUACCGUCUAGUUCUACUGCUGAAGUACUCUAAGAUGAUGCUAUGACAUUCUGUACUAACGACUGUAAACAUUUUUUGUAGAAAAAUUAAUUUUUAAGUUUACGGUAUUAUUUUGUCACUUAAUAUACUUAUUUUCAGCUCCUAGUGCAUAGUAUAUUGUUUAUCCCAUACUUUGUACUCAAUUUCUUGAUACUUGUUCUAAGUUGUUUUGCUGAUAUACCAAAACAAAAGUAUGAUAAGGUAAGUGGGUAUACAAUUGAAAACUUCAAAAUUCAAAAAAUUUUUAAAUUUUAAAAUAAAAAAAAUUUUUAGGUUCAGGUUUGGUCUUGGGGUUAAUAACGUUUAGGCUUGAUGUUGCUAAGCUUAUCGUUAAGCUAAGCAGGCCGGGCUAGGCAUAUAAGGUAGGGUAGGGUAGGGUAGGGUAGGGCGUCGGAGGGUAGGGUAAGAUAGGGUAGGUAAAACACCAAGUAAAAUAACCUUUGGUUCAAUCAAAAAAUGGCAUUUUCAGAAAAAGGCCUGUCCAGAAGAAUACUCAUCAUUUCUGAACCAGAUCAGCUUCCAUUGGUUCACCCAAAUGACAUGGACUGGCUACAAACAAAGCCUCAAAAUGGAAAAUAUGUGGGAUUUGAAUACGAAUGAUGAGUCAUCAAUGCUGCUACAAGAAUAUGAAGGACAUCGACGGAAGGAGGAGAUUGGUAAGAUUAUAUUAUAGUUAUCAGAGUAAGAACUUCUUAGACUAAAUUUAAUCCAUAGUUGCGAAAUGUCACAAUUUUUUUAAAAAAUAUUUUUAAAGCGUAAUUAUAUUUCAAAACUUGAUUUUUGUUUUGAAAAAGCUUUGAAAUUGAAAAAUUUUAGAUUAUAACGAAGUGUCACAAAAAUUAUCGAUUUUUGAUAAAAUGUCACGAAAUGUAUUGAUUUUCUUAAAAAAACAACAAAACGGUUUUUAAGAUGUAUGGCAUUAGUAAUCGUUUAAAAGAUAAAAAAAUUUUUAGAACGAAGUGUAAUAAUUGACUUUUGACGAAAUGUCACAAAUUUUAUUGAUUUAAGAUUAAGAAUAUUGAAAAUUGGUUUUUAAAACAAGGUUUUGUAUAGAUAAUUAAAAAACAGUUUUUUAAUUAUUGAUGAAGUGUCACAAAAAUUAUUGAUUUUUAACGAAAUGUCACAAAUUUUAUUGAUUUUUUAAAUAGCAUGUAACUAGUGUUUUAAAACAUUUUCCUUUGAGUUAGUUUUAAAAGAAAGUUUUUUGGUUUUCAAAUUGGUACAAAAUUGGCUUGAUUUUAACGAAAUGUCACACAAUUUAUCGAUUUUUCCUUAAAAAUUGGUCUUAUUGUAAAAUACGUCAAACGGAACCUUUACGUCAUAUAAAUAAUAAUGUGAACUUAUUUUCAGCCCAUGCCCGCAAGCACUACCACAAACAAGUCCCAAAUGGCAAGCAGCAACUACUUGAGAACUAUCAAAAACCCCAAGAAGAAGGUGAUAAAAAGAAGGAAAAGGCCCAAUUUCCGUCGAUUUUAAUGCCUCUGACCAAAUGUUUCAAAUUCUCGUUGAUUUCUGGAGCACUCCUGAAGUUUAUAUUCGAUUCAGCACAGUUUGUAUUCCCACAUUUGCUCAAAAUGCUCAUCAGGUUCAUUCAAAACGGCACCGAUCCCAAAUGGUACGGCAUUGGAAUUGCUGUCACCAUGCUCUUUAUUGGAGUCGUACAGUCAUUUGUAAGUUUUUGACGGGUUUUUGGUACUGUUUAGUACUAUAUAGUACUCAAGUUUAAUUUUUUUUGUUUAUGGUGCUAUAUAGAAUUAAAAUUAAAAAACUCUUUUUUUGGCGUUGUAUAGUACUAUAUAGUAUUAAAAAUUAAAAAUUUGUUUUUAGUUUUUUAUAGUAUUGUGUAGUACUAGAAGUUAAAUUAUUUUUUAGUUGUUUAUGGUGCUAUAUAGUAUUAAAAAUGUUAAGAAUUGUUUUUUUUUGGUUCUGUACCGCAUGGUACUGUAUAGUACUGAAAAUAAAAAAUUUUUGUUUUCUUACCGUUUAUGGUGUUAUACCGUACUAUUAUUUACAAAAAAAGUAUUUAACUUUGAUAUGGUACUGCUUGGUACUAUAUAGUAUCAAAGUUUAUAAAAGCUUAUUUUUGUAUUUUUGAUACUGAAAUAAUUCUGAAGUUGUCUUAAAAUUGUCUUUAAUACAAUGAAAAGUGUGUUUUUAAUAUACCUAGUUCCAUUUCAGAUCCUUCACCAAUACUUUCAUAUCAUGUUUCAUACGGGUAUGAAGAUUCGGUCGAUUUUGUCAUCAGUUGUGUAUAAAAAGGUAAUAUGUUUUUAAAAAUUAUUCUAAAAGUCUCAUUAACAACUUUAAAAAACUUAUAACAUGUCAGUUUUUGAAUAUUUUUCAAAUCUAAUAAAAUUUGUGGCAUUUCGUCCGAAAAUCAAUAAUUUUUCUGACAUUUCGUCAAGUAUGGUCAUUUUUGUAAAAAUUAAACGCAAAUUGAAAUGCAUAACUUAUAAUGAUUCGAAUGUUUUUAAUUUUUAAAAAUUGAUAAAUUUUGUAGUAUUUUGUAAAAAAUCAAUAGUUUUUUUGACAUUCCGUCAAAUUUGGCAAAAUUUAAAAAGAAAGUCUAACUUACAUUAAAUUUUGUAAAAAAUGCUAUUUUUGUGUUAAAAAAUGCUAUAAAAAUUACCUAAAACAUAGAAAACCAAUCAUAUCAGUGGCAUUUCGUCUAAACCAAUAAAAUGUCUGACAUUUCGUCUAAAACUCCAAUUUUCAGGCAAUAAACCUUUCAAGUAAAGCCCGUAAGAACCGUACCGUUGGCUCAUUGGUUAAUAUAAUGGCAGCCGACGUGCAACGCUUCCAGGAUGUCACUACUUAUGUCAUGAUGCUGUGGUCAGCACCAUAUCAAAUGAUUCUUGCUAUGUAUUUCUUAUAUCAGGUGUUGGGUUGGAGUGUUAUAUGUGGAGUUUUAAUUAUGGCUUCGUUGAUUCCAAUCAAUAGUAACAUUGCCAAGGCUAUGCAGAAGUAUCAGGUAAAGGUCAAUAGAAUUUGUGGCAUUUCGUCAAAAAGAUAAAUAAUUUUAUUGGCAUUUUGUCAAAUAUGUCAUUUUUUGAAAUUGACAUUUUAAGUCUUUAUUGACUUAUAUUUACUGAAUUUUCAAAAAAACGAUAAAAUUUGUGACAUUUCGUUGAAACAAUCAAUAAUUUUUGUGGCAUUUCGUCUAAAUUUAGAAAUACUUAAAAUUUUUAUUACCAACGCGAUUUUAACUAAAAAUUUUAUUUUUUUACAAAAAAACGCAACAACUUUUUUUCCAGGCCCAACAAAUGGAAUGUAAAGACAAACGGCUUCGUAUGUUGAACGAGGUAAUCAGUGGUAUGAAACUGGUCAAGUUGUAUGGUUGGGAAGAGGAAGUGAAGCAAAAAAUCCUCGACGAACGUGAAAAAGAGAUUCGAAUUUUGCGGAAAUUAGCAUAUUGGAACGCUGCGACGUCGCUGACCUGGGCUUGUGCACCAUUCUUGGUCGCAGUUACCACCUUCAGCGUAUAUGUGUUUGUAGAUCCUGCGAAUAACUUACUGACACCCGAGAAGACAUUUGUGGCUUUGGCUUUGUUUAACAUAUUACGGUUCCCUAUGGCUGUGUGUACUGUACUUUGUACUCAAGUGGCACAGUUUCGGGUCAGUAACGACCGGUUGAAAGAGUUCUUGGCCGCUGAAGAGGUGGAUCGGGCCAAAAGUAGAAGAUACGACGUUAGUAAAGGGUUGAUAAGUGAAGGUAGGUUGAGGUUUUAUUAGUCUUAACUUUAGCUCUAGCCACAACCCUAGUGUUACCACUACUAUACCACCGCCCCCAAUUAAAAAAUCAUUUCCAGACCCCGAAAAACCCCGCCACACCACAUCAACUACCCAACCAAACGCAGUAACACUAACCAAUGCCUCAUUCGCCUGGGACCCAGAAGAUGCCUAUGGUACCGCCCUAUCCGACCUCAACCUCACGAUCGAGCACGGCAAACUCGUAGCCGUGAUUGGUCGAGUCGGAUCAGGAAAGACCAGCCUAAUCCAAGCCUUGUUGGGUGAAAUGUACAAAGUUCACGGUACCUGCGAAUUAAAUGGCAGAGUCGCUUAUGUACCACAGCAAUCGUGGAUAUUAAACAUGACUGUGAGGGAUAACAUACUGUUUGGCAGUAUUUAUGAUGAAACCAAAUACUAUAAGAUCAUUGAAGCAUGUGCGUUGGAGCAGGAUUUGAGGAGUUUGAGUAAUGGGGACAUGACAGAAAUAGGGGAGAAGGUACGUUCAGCCAAUAAUUUUUGUGACAUUUCGUCUAAUCUUGUAAACGUAAUUUAUAAAGGCCCUUUUAAAACUAUUAGGGGUUUAAAUGGCAUAAUAACUUAAAAAGUAUCACAUAUAUGUUUUUUAUUGUCACUGUUUUUAAAAUUUUGAAAAAAUCAAUAAUUUUUGUGACAUUUCGUCUAAUUUUGAAAACCUUAUUUAAUGAUAUUUAAAGCUUUAUAGAGGUUAAUACCAAUAUAGCAAAAUUUUACAUUUUUAAAAACCAAUAAUUUUUGUGACAUUUCGUUACACCUUUAAAAAAAUCAAUAAUCUCAUCGAAUUUUGUCCCUAAAUCAUUUUUAAAGCCUACAUAAAUAUCAAACCAAUUUUAGGGCAUAAACCUAUCCGGCGGCCAAAAGCAACGUAUCAGCUUGGCCAGAGCACUGUACGCCGACGCCGACAUCUACCUUCUCGAUGACGUACUGUCAGCUGUGGAUGCUCAUGUCCAGCGUCAUUUGUUUGAUCAUGUUAUACUUGAUUUGCUGAAGGACAAGACAAGGUUUUUGGUGACGAAUUCGUUGACGAACCUGAAGCAUUGUGAUCAAGUUGUUGUUAUGAAAGGUGGUCAGGUGUCGGAGUUUGGUACUUAUGAAGGGCUGAUUCAGAAGCACGGUGAAUUCAGCGAAAUCGUGGAGGAAUUCUUGAUUGAAGAAGCGAAAUCAAGAGGAAGAUCGAUCAGUUUUGGAGAGGAUUGUAGGUUACUAAUAACGCUACGGUAGCCUAAAAAAUUUUUUUUAAACUUUCUUACCGUAACCCAUCCUACUGUAACAGUUUUUAAUUUUUACAGCCACAGACGUAAAAGAAGUCCUCGAAGAGCUCCAAGACCUGUUACCCAAAGAGAAACUGACUCCAGAAUCCAUUGAAACCAAACUCAACACAACCUCAAACGAAAAGAAGCUCAGUAGCUCCUCGAUACCUACAAUAACCAUAACAGCACCGACUGCCAAUAAUACCCCCAAAUUCCAAAAUCACUUAACCAAACCUCAAAACGGUGCACCACCAGCACCAAAGCGACUAAUUGAAGGUGAAAACGUCGAGACUGGCCAGGUCAAACUUCAUGUCUACUAUACCUACAUCAAGUCGAUUGGUCUGGCCUGUGUUACAAUCUUUUUGGCAGCCUAUGUGUUCUCCAGUGCACUUGGUAUCUUGUCCAACAUGUGGUUGGCACAUUGGUCCGAUAAGGCCGUGAGAAUGAGGAAUUCGAACUCAACUCAACCGGAUAUGGCAUCAAACUUGGGGAUCUACACCAUGUUGGGUCUUGGUCAAGCUUUGGCUGUUUGUAUCGCUGCGGUUUGGGUAUCUUUGGGCAUGGUAAAGGCGUCAAAAUUACUGCACAGUAAAAUGCUGGAUGGUGUUGUCAGCAAACCCAUGUGGUUCUUUGAUAUCACGCCGAUGGGGCGGAUUCUGAAUCGGUUUUCAAAGGUAAACAGACAUUUUUCAACCAUUUCUCAAAAUUUUCAAACCCUUUUUGCCAAUUUUAAUGCCUAAAACAACAUAAAACAAUACAAAAAACCUCCACCCACCUUUUUCAGGAUCUCGACAUGAUAGAUUCACGUCUCCCAAGCUCCGUCCUCAACUUUACCGGCUCAAUAAUUCAAGCUUUGGCCAUCUUAUGCGUCCCAAUCAUAAUAACACCACAAGUAACUCCGUCGAUCGUUGCCAUCUUGGUCAUAUAUUGCUUUUUGACCGUGUUUUACCUCAGCACGUCUAGACAAUUGAAGCGACUCGAAGCUGUGACCAGAAGUCCGAUUUAUUCACAUUUUGCUGUAAGUUUCGCUGAAAAUUAUAUUAUCGAUGAGAUAAAUUAAUAUAAACACGGGGAAAUUGAGAAAAUAAUAAUGAAAGGCCGUGAAACGCGAAGGUAGAUGUUCUUUUAUUAUUAUGGGUUUAAACUGAAUUGAAUUAAUUAAAAGGAACUUUAAUUAAUUCUUUACAAUCUUACAAUCCAGGGCGCAGCUUUCACUGAAACCCAUUGAGACCUCGCGCCCAUUGAGAUCCCGAGCCCAUUGAGACCCCAAACGCCCAUUGAGACCUUGAAAGGAGGUUCGGCGGAGACUUUAGGGGAUUCGGCGGAGGGUCGGCGGAGACUUUAAGAGAUUCGGCGGAGACUUUUAUGCAUCCGGCGGGUAUCUACCCAAUUUUACCCCUAACCUUUUUAGCCCUACCCAAACUUACCUUUGCCCUUUCUACCAUACCCAACUAUACCAUACCCAUCCUUUAUAAUAUACCAUAAGAUAUCCUGUGUUACAUACUACACCAUACCCAUCUUACUAAACAUACCAUACCAAACUAUACCAUACUCUACCAUAUUGUACCUAGUAUACCAUACCCUACCAUGACAUCUACCAUACCAAACCCUACAAUACCCUACCAUAUUAUAACAUGCCAUAUCUUACCAUAAAAUACCAAACCUUAAAUACCAUACCAUACCAUUCUAUACCAUUCUAAACUGUACCAUACCUUACCUUAUACAACCUUAUACAAAACUACCGUGUACUAUCCGUGGGUAUGGUAGAAUAAGUAAGUAAAACAACAUAUGUGGUAUAACAUAGUCUAGUAUAGUAUGGCAUAGUAUGAUAAAAUAUGGUACGUUAUAUUAUUCCUGUGUCCUCCGCCGAAUCCUCUAAAGUCUCCGCCGACCCUCCGCCGAACCUCCUUUCAAGGUCUCAAUGGGCUUUUGGGGUCUCAAUGGCUCGGGGUCUCAAUGGACCCGGGGUCUCAAUGGGCGCGAGGUCUCAAUGGGAGGGAUUCCGCAGCUUUUCCCGUUAUUUUUUUGAAAAAUGUUAUUUUAGGCGGUUUCUUUUGGGUAUAACCGCGACCAAACUUUAUCAAAAUUUAUGUUUUAUGUCACAAAAUGAAGAUAAAUUUGUUUUCUUUCCAAUCCAUUUUGAUAGUUACAUACAAACACGCGAUUUUUAUAUUUUUAACGAGGUUCAGCAAUACCUACAUAAAAUAAAUUAUAAACCUUGUUUUUUCUUAUUGACGUAACUUUGGUCUUUCUUAAUCAAUUUUUAUGAAUUUUAGCUUAAAAGCAAGGUAAAUUACUCUGUUUUAUAAAAAAUGUACAAAGGUUUUGCAAUAAUAACAGUUUGUUUAUAUUUUGACUAUUUUACACACCAACUUCGAUAUUUCAAGGUUAAUAUAAUUUUUGCUUGCUUUUCAGGAAUCUAUUAAUGGUUCAGCCUCGAUCCGAGCAUUUAACUGUGAAGAUAGGUUUGUUCGACGAUCACAACAACUGGUAGAUGAGAAUCUGAAGGCUUAUUAUCCAUCAAUCGUCGCCAAUCGGUAAGUUUUUUGGUUUUUUGUUGCUUUUUAGGUAUUAAUCGAGAAAACUGGCUGUUAAAUACUUGUUAGAAGGAAGAUUAGUAUCCAAACUUGUUGUCUAUUGUAUUAGCAAGGGUAGACAAGACCCAAUUACAUCUUUUGAUUGGGAUUUAGGCAUAAAACGUGUAAUUUUAGAUGGUUAUCCGUGAGAUUGGAGCUGAUCGGAAAUUUGAUUGUGUUUUUCUCCGGAAUUUUCGCUGUUUUAUACAGUGAUAAUGGAGUUACAGCUGGUUUGAUUGGUUUAUCAGUGUCAUAUGCUUUCAAUGUGACACAGGUUUUGAAUUGGGCCGUUCGAAUGUCAAGUGAGCUGGAGACGAAUAUUGUUUCGGUCGAAAGAGUGACAGAAUACGCGGAACAAGCGUCUGAGGAGAGAGAUGAAGAAGUGCAAUUGGCAGUGGAACCAUUGAGUGGUUGGCCAACGAAUGGUCAGAUCUCAUUUGAAAUGGCAUCGUUCUCGUAUCGACCGGACAGUGACGAGAUUUUGAAGAAUAUCAAUUUAAAGAUCAAUGCCAAGGAGAAGAUAGCUAUUGUUGGACGGACUGGGUCUGGUAAGAGGCUUUUUGGUACUGCUGGUACUAUUUUAUGUUUUUUUGGCUAUUGUUGGUACUUUUCGGACGAAAUGUUGCAUUUCUAACUUUUUGGUGCAAAUGGUACCAUUUUUUGAUUUUGGUACUACUGGUACUCUUUCAAGGUUUGGUACUAAAAUAUAUUGUUUUAGGUAAAAGCAGCUUUGCUUUAGCUCUGUUCCGUCUACUAGAAUCAAAGUCUGGCCGAAUAACUAUUGAUAACGUUGAUCUCUCAAAAGUACCAUUACCAACUCUUCGCCGACGACUCACAAUAGUACCACAAGACCCAGUACUAUUUUCCGGCACUCUACGCAUGAAUCUAGACCCAUCGAACCUAUUUGACGAAGAAUUCUUGUGGGAGGCGUUGGAGUACGCCGGAAUGAAGCAGUUCGUCGCAUCUCUACCAAAUGCACUAGAAACGGAAAUCAGCGAAGGUGGUGCCAAUAUUAGUGUUGGACAAAGGCAGUUGAUCUGUUUGGCUAGGGCGUUGUUGAGGAAACCGAAAAUAUUGAUUUUGGACGAGGCAUCGGCUUCGGUGGAUUUGGAAACUGAUCAGAUGGUUCAUAGGACAUUACGGUAAGUAGGAGGGUAGGGGAGGGGGAUGCAGAUUUCAAAAAUUAUUAGUUUUAAAGGGGUAUCGCUUAAAAUUUUGAUUUGUAACGAAUUGCUACCAAAAUAAUUGAUUUUUGACGAAAUGUCACAAUUUCAUUGAUUUUAAAAAUAACAAUAUAAAACCGAUUUUUUACCUAGAAUUUUUGUAGAGAUCACUUUGCCGACUGCACAGUGCUAACAAUAGCCCAUCGACUGAACUGGCUCAGUGAUGUCGAUCGAGUACUGGUGAUUGACAAUGGAAUGGUGGCUGAAUUCGACACUCCUGAUAACUUGUUGAAACGAGACGAUUCACUGUUUAAAUCCUUAGCCAAUGAAGGCGAUUUCACGAUGAAAAAAGUGUCACAGGCUUCGGUGGAUCGGAUGACACCACCGAGAGUUGAGGUAAGUACUAUAUUAAAAUUCGGUGCUGUGAGGGUUUGGUACUAUAAUUUGAUGUUGUGAAGGCCUGGUACUAUUAUUUAGUGUUGUAAAGGCCUGGUGCUGUUAUUUGGUACUUUAUCGAAAAAAAUUAGCCUUUAAAAAGUUUUGUCGUUUUUUAACGUAGGAAGCAAUACAAAUUGACGACAAGACUUUUUGUCAAGGCCUAACGGCGUCAUAUUAUGAUGGGAGAAGCUGUAUUAUAGUACGAAAACAUAUCAUAGCGUACGGUAGAUUCUAUAAUAGUAUCCUUUUCAGCCAAAAACACAAACUACUGUAAUAUAGUGCUUGAUAGCACUAUAAACAAAGUUCUUGCGUUUUUUCCAAAUUUUCAAUUAUUUCCAUUACAGAUAACACCAGCGGAAGCCGAAGAAUCGACGGAUCCAAAUAAUGAAGGGGAAGAUGCACCGCUUCUCGACAACACCGUGGAUUCAGAAUCCGUGGAAUCUGGAUGA